AGCCUACCUCGGACACCAACCAAUCAGUGACGAGCAUGUGCAGAUGUCAGCCAAUGGCUGAUUCGAGGAGCUAUUUGUGGGCGGAGCUUGUGGUAAAAUAGAAAGCACGGGUCACAGCAUUGGACAGUGUCAGAGCGGAGGAGCUCAGUUCAAAUCAGGAGUGUGAGGAGGCGAAAGUUGAUAUAAUUUUGGAGUUUAUUUCGUAAGUAAAUAUUUAUAUGAGUGGUUGGACAGUGAAAUAAUUUAGAAUUAGUCCGUCUGUAGAAGUUUUGUGUUUUAUUUUGUUGGUUUUUGAGGCCUCCAUGGCUUUAUUAGCGUCCGACCAGAGCUACAAGCUAAACGGCACUUCAGGGAUUUAUGGGAAAGUUGGGUCAAGGAAGGAGGUGAUUCAAAAUCCUGCGGAGAGCUUAAAAAGUACUAAAAUGCAGCUCACAGAGACGGAUUACUCCACAGACGGACUCCCGAAAGCCUUCCUACACAGUUUGAGGACGUUGUUUGACAUCCUGGAUGACGGGGGUCGCGGUUUUGUCCACAUCUCGGAGAUUGAGAGCCGCUGGCAGGGCGCAGACACCCGGGACCUGCCCGGCGGGGUGCUGGGCUGCCUCCGGAGGGUCACCCCUCCGCAUGGCUGUCUCACCUUCGAGAGGUUCGUGGCGGGGUUGCGUUACUCCAUGCUCAACCCGGAGAACGGCUCCCACCACCUGAAGGCCCAGCAGCUCCUGAAGGAGCCCAAGAAACCCGCCCCGCUGUCCAAGGUCCGCCCGCUGAGGCCCAGCAACAUCACCAACACCCACCAGAACCGGCCUCUGCAGAACCGGGAGGGACCCGGAUACUCCGAAUGUGGACCCACGCGGUACGGUUCGGGCUUGGAGAGGUCCGGGCGCAGUUUGGAGCGCAUCCCGGUACCACCGGAGGGUGGUGGGGGGUACCGACCCGACCUGGGUCACCCUACCAAACCAUUCGAGCCGCAGAGGAGCGGAGUCCGGUCCAUCGAGUCCCUGGCUCUGGAGGGUUCACAGAUUCAGGAAGGAGGUGUCGUGAAAUCUGGUUUGCCAAGAUCUCAGAGUGAAUCGGCCACUGGGUUUACCGGGGGCUCCAGGCGCCAUGGGCGGAGUCGGGAAGAGCAGAGGAGGCACACCAUCUCCAACGGAGUUGACUAUGGAAUGCUGAAGCAAAUGAAAGAGCUGGAGCAAGAGAAGGACUCCCUGCUGGCCGGGUUGGAAGUGGUAGAACGGGCUCGAGACUGGUACCAGUGCCAGAUCCACAACGUCACAGAGAGACAGCGACAAGUCGGACAAAGCUCUGCGUGCACGGAUUUCUUUACUGAGGCCAGUCAGAGUCGCAUGAAUGUUCUCAUCCCUAAACUGCAAGAAGUCAACCGCUGUCUCAACGACCUGAUUUCCUGCACAGGAAUGUCGUUUCCUUCCACCAGCACUCCGACACCAGCACUCUCAGCCAGCACUCAGCCCCCACCUCCCGCUCCCCCACAAGCCAUCCAGAGACUAAAGGACCAGAACAGACUCCUCACUCAGGAGGUGACGGAGAAAAGUGAGCGGAUCGCGCAGCUGGAGCAAGAGAAGUCGGCCUUAAUAAAGCAGCUUUUCGAGGCGCGAGCUCGCAGCGCACAGGACGCCAGCACCAUGGAUUCCACCUUCAUCUGAAGCUGUCCUGCCCUCCACCCAGAACCUCAACUAGGAAUCGUCUUGUGGAAAGCUGAGGACGACGCUCGUUUUAGCACCUUUAGCCAUAACAGGCCCUCAACUGCAACAUGUGAACCACUCCACCACCAAACCCAGCCGUGCACUAUCUAGUCUCAAUCACUCCUCAGCCGACCCGAAUGACCGCAGAUGAAGCACUUUGAGUUGACGUCUUCGGGUUUUCUGCAGAAACACUCCAGACUGGAACCAGAAUCCCCGUCGCUCCAUUUAUAGACGGGUUUCACAGAAAACGGCACAUAAAGCUUCUGAUGGAAUAAAAACGCCAUAAUCAGACGAAAGCAAAUCAGCUGCUCCUGCUUGCUGUGAACUUUUUUAAUCUUUCAUUUAAAGUUUGCUAAUUCGAUUUAAUCAAUGAAAUCAAUAAAAUUUAAUCCAUGUAAAUGAAUAAUGGUAAGGUGUUUACCGGAUCUUUCUUUCUAGUUUUGCAGUGUUUUAUCUACGUGUUUUAAACACUGAAGAGAGGAAUAACUAGAUGAGAAUGAUGUAUCUCCUAUAGGCAUGUAAAGAAAUAUCCAGAGUUCUUGAAUGUUGUUUCACGCCUGAACACAAACUGCAUGGGAUCAUGGGAAACUGACUUGGUUGAAGCUCUUUUUCCAAGAGGGGGAAAAACCUUCACUGCUGCUGUUCUAGUGAACGUGGAUCGUGAGCGGAGAAACGGUCUACAAAGAUGCAGGCAGAACGGAGAAAUCUGAAGGUUUGCACACGAGAAACUAAAAACUGCGGACGGUACAAGUGAUAGAAUAUGUCAGGGGACGAUUCAGUUAUUUUAAAUAUUCCCCUUUAAGGAGUUAACAAAAUCUGCAUGUAUUUAUUGUAUCUCAUCGGCUUUGAUCUGAAAUUUUUAGUGAAAAAUGUAGAUUCUGCAGAUUAGUCACAGCUUUCUACAAGCUCCCUUUUAGCUGCAAACAGAUGGUUUUAAGACUCUGAAAGCCAUCCACGUGUUUAGAAAAACUAGCUUUAGAGUAGAGUAGAAAGAAAAUCAUUAUUUUCUCAUGUUUGUUUGGUACUGCUGGGAAAUCUGCACGUUUGUUACCCACUUUUUGUAACUUCCUCUUUGCUGCUCAAACUUCAUUCUGAGUCCACAGAUGUCAGAAUAAAACCUUAAAACGA